UUAUGCAAGAGAUUAAAGUAAACAAGAAAAUUUUGUGGCAAUAACUUAGAUAUAGGAAAAAUAAAGGAAAUCUAUGAAAAAUUAAUUAAGCAGCAAUGAACAAUGUUAAGCGACUGUGUCGUGUGUGCAUGGCAAAUGAUUGGAAUGGGAACUUAAUGCCAAUAUUCCAGGAUGCUGGCAAUCGAACUGCUUCAGACAUCUUUACUAUAUCUGGAGUUCAAGUUGUUGAUUUCCCAUCAUGUCCUGCCUUAAUAUGUCUAAAAUGCAUUGAGGAUCUCUCAAGGGCAAUUAUUUUUAGAAAUCGCUGUAAAAGUUCGGAUCAGUUCCUUAGAGACACACUAUUUAAUGAAAAUAAUCAUCAAACAUGCCAGGCACAAUCUCAUGACAAUUUUGAGUUUAAAAAUGAGCAGGAUGUACUUAAUUCCAUCAAAAUAGAACCAAUAGAAAUUGAAACAUUUUUUGAAUAUCCAACAAUCAAUGCUGAAGCAAUCCUUAAUGAAAAUUCUUUAGAUGAUGACCAAGAUGAUGUGAUUCUGAAAGAGGAAUUGACAAGUGCCAAUAGAAAGAAGUUCAAGUGCAUUCAUUGUGAUCAAUUGUUGUCAUCUGAACAUGCUCUUAAGCAUCAUUUGAAUGCAAUUCAUGGGACACAACAAAAACCGGAAAAGCAAUUCACUUGUGAGAUCUGCGGCAAGACAUUUGUCUUUAAAUCCAAGUAUACUCGACAUUUUAGGACUGUUCAUAUAGAAUUAAAAGAAUCAAAUGAAAUAAUUGGGUGCCAAUAUUGUAUGAAGCAAUUUGAUCAGCGCACAGCACUUAAGGAUCAUAUUAGAUAUAAACAUGAAGUUUACGACUUUAAAUGUGAUAAAUGCGGAAAACUCUUCACAUUAAAGAACAAGCUUUCAAAACAUUUCAAAGAAUCUCACCUUAAAGGAUCAAAGCUAAGAAAGCAACGAAUCAAAAAAGAACCAAAAGAAGUUCAAUGCUUUCCAUGUGUCGUUUGUGGAAAGAUUUGUGCUAGCAAGACGUUCCUUAAAGUUCAUGAAAAAAGCCAUAUCAAAAUUAAACCCGAAGAUUAUUACUACUGUGACAUGUGCGGCAACAAAUUUAGAGCGAAAAAUCCCCUUGAACUGCACAUUAAGACACGACAUAUACUUAAACUAAGGUACACGUGCGAUAAAUGUCCUGGAAAGUCAUGGGCGAGGAAGGAUCAUAUGAAAAGGCACGUUAAGGUUGUGCAUGAGAAUAUUCGAGAGUUUAAAUGUGAAUGGUGCGGUAAAGACUUUCCAGAGAAGAGGAAACUUGAAUGCCAUAGAAGAAUACACACUGGCGAGCAGCCAUAUACUUGUAACUAUUUUGGUUGUGGAAAAAAGUAUACUCAUGAGACCGACUAUAGAAGACAUAUUUGGUCGCAUACAGGAGAACGCAAGUACAACUGCACAUCAUGUCGAAUAGCUUUCAGCAAACGUAGUGAAUUGAUAGCCCAUCGAAGUGAAUGCGUCUACUACAACUAUAAUCAAAACAAUGUGAAUAUAUAAGAAUCUCAACCUUUAUUCGAACAAAUCUUCAUGUGUCUCUUCCUGCCAUGCGAGUCUGCAAACAAUUUAUCACAGGCUGUAUUAAAGCAAGGAUAUGGACGAGCACCGGAAUGAGUUCGAAGAUGUCGAAGCAAUUGCUGAUUUGUUGCAAAGCCCUGUUUACAUUCGUCACAAAUAUGAUUCCUUAUUUUGAGAUGUACAGCUUUUCUGUGCUUAUUAAGACUCCCAGAACAUGUUGCAAUAAAUCCACACUCGUAACACUGCUUCCUGUGACAUAAAAAAUAUAUUAUUUACUUACGAAUAAAAUGUUUAAG